CUGUGCAACAUUAUGUUUUGUCUAGGGAACCUACCCACUGUGCAAUAAUAUAUAGUUUUGUCUAGGGAACCUACCCACUGUGCAAUAAUAUAUAGUUUUUUCUAGGGAACCUACCUACUGUGCAAUAAUAUAUAGUUUUGUCUAGGGAACCUACCCACUGUGCAACAUUAUGUUUUGUACUUCUCUCUACCUUACCCUAGUAUUGGGCCUUGAAAGAUACCUAGCAGUCUGCUACCCUACCUCCUACAGAGAGUUCACCCUAAGAUACUCAAACACCACUAGACUGUUUCUGUACGUAUCCCCAGUUUUGCUGAUCAGUAUUCUUCUCAAUAUAUCAAAAUAUUUUGAGACAAGAAUAGUUUAUAGACAACAAGAGAAUACAGACAGUGAUGAGAUGAUGCUUGAUAUGGAACUAACAGAACUCUUCAGGGAUCCAAAUUAUAUUAAAUACUACAGCUUCUACACAAGAUUAUUUGCUACAGGAAUUAUUCCAAUAGUUUCUUUGUCUUUCUUUAACAUCAAAAUUUUCCAGGGAAUCCGUGAUAUGCGUGGCAGGAUGAUACAAACUGGAGUAGGCUCCAGAAGACAACAAGAGGCGACAAGUGAGCUGAACCUUGCUAUCGUGUUGGUCUGUGUAGUAGUCGUCUUCCUGACCUGCCACAUCCCGCGUAUUCUUCUCAACAUGUUUGAUGUUCUGCAUAUCAAUGAUAUUGUAAGAUGUAAGGGUAGCUAUGAGUCUCCAGCUUGGUUCAAAUGUAUGGCAGGGUAA